AACUCAGACCCUCUCAAGGACCUUCACUGUUUCCAUCUCAACCGCAAUUCCCCCAUCCGCCGCCGGCUUCUCACUCCCACUCCCGCCGCCGACUUCGAAUUCGCACAUCUCCGCCAGCUCCUUCACCGUCCCAACCGCGAUGUCAACCCUAGAAGCAAUCUCAAUCAGCAGAGACGCAAAUGUCGCGGCCGGAAUCACUUCCAUCAGAGGCACGAUCCCCCCGGAUUUCGCUUCACAAUCCUCCGAAUCCGCCUGCUUCAGCGCGUCGGGAAGCGAUUGCAGCGAAUUCUGGAGCUCCCGAACCGCGGCGUUCAUCUCCUUCGUCAGGAAAUCCACGGCGGCCGAUCUCGUCGCUGUUUGGAUGGUUUUGGCCAGCUCUCUUGUGAUGUUCGAACAAGUCGAGCUCACUCUCUCGCAAGCUUUCUUGAGGUGAUUCUUGACUGGUUCCGGAGCCUGGUUCUCCGAAUUGAUGCAGCCGUUGAGCGCCUCGAUGCAGUAGGCGCAGCUUCUAAUGGCGGCUCCGAUCUUCAGGUACUGCUUCCAUGGGUGCUUGAAGCUGAAUUGGCCGUGUGCUGGCUCCCAUCUCGCGAAAUUCGCCUGCAAGAAAUAGGGGAAAGUUUGCAGACCAGGUACUUACCUACGCUGUUCUCGAAGACAACUACAACAGUCAUGACAGCCCACAUGGCAUUGCCACCAACACCAUCAUACAGAGGUCUCAUGUAGUAAAAGAGUGAGACCAGUGUGAGAGCCAUUCCUGCUUUAAUACAAUGGACGAAUUUCCUAGGGUCGUCCACCCCUAUCUUCCAUGCUUUCAGGAAGAACCCUCUAACCCUAAUAAAGAACGCCAUGAAGGACUCCUUUAGGGCAGCCCAUAGUUUUGAGGCAAAACCACUUGCCUUUGGGGCCAAUGUCUUCGAUGAACCAUCUCCCACAUUUAUUCUCCACUCCAUGUUAAUCUUCUCCGAUCAGGUAAAUAUUGGUUUCUGGUGUUGGGAUAUGUGUGUUGAGAUAACAACACAAGUGUAUUUGAGGUUUUGGUGCCUUGGCAAGAAGGUGUUAAUUUGCUGCCAAGGUGGUGUUAGUUCCAUGCAAAUGAGGGGAGGAAGGAAGGUGACUGGUGACGAUUAUUGUAUGCUGACCAUUGCUCUAUUUAUAUACAGAAAGGAGGUGAUUGGCAUCCCAUUAUUACCCAUUAAAAUGGAAAUUUAAGAAAAAUCUCCAAUGGAAUAGAAGCUCUAGAUGGUCAUUCCAUCGUGCCCUAUUUUCUCUUUUUGUUUUAUAUGGUAGGUAAAGUUGUGUGAUGACGAUUAUAGACAGAUUUCCAAUUUUCUUGUGCAGAUUGUGUUGUUGCUGCUGAAUGCUGAUGAUGAUCAGAUGAAAUCCGCAGCCACACAGCAUUCAGCCUCAGAAUCAUGAAUUGCUCAAGGUGUUACAACUACACCAGAAGAAGUACUGCUGCUAUCGUUGAGUUGUCUCUGCCAAGCCAAUGGGACAAACCAGUGCCCCUGGUUGCUGGUAACUUCUCGACACAGCAACAUUACUUGACAACUUCUGGUCCAUCCCAC